GUUUGUUCUGUAGCAGAAGCUCGGAGCAGGGCUGAGCGCAGAGGUGUCGGCGUGCAGUCGGGAAGAGGAAGGGGGGGGCCACGGGACGCACUUCACCCCCGCCGCACCACGCAGCAGCCCAGAGCCCAGACAUCUCCGGACCUCUGCCAAGGAGGACAGGGGGCACCGCAGGGGGCAGCCCAGCCGCACACCGGGGGGGUGACGCAACUCUGCCGACCUUCAAGCCCGCACCCAGAGCCCAGCCAUGGAGGACACUCUCACCUGCAGCCCCGCCACCUUCUCCCAGGUGUUCGGCCGCCAGGGACAGCUCAUGCAAGCCACUGUGCAGUCUCUGAACAGCCUGAAUGACCAGAUCGCCCACUUCAUGGUGAGCCGGCCCAAGGCCCUCGAUGACGAGGACGAUGCCUUCCUGCCCGGGGAGAAGGAGACGCUGAAGAAGUCCAUGACCUUGAUGAGACACCUGCUGAUGGAUGCCCAGGCCAAAAUCCUUAAAAUGAUGGAUGACAACAAACAGCUGGCACACCGGAUCGAUGGGGCCAUCCAGUCUGCCAGUCAGGAAGUAACAAACCUGCGUUCGGAGCUGACGGCCACCAGCAGGAGGCUGGCAGAGCUGGGGGCCAGCGACCCCCCCAUGGUGGAGAACAACCAGCACAACAACCACGAUCCUUCUGUCCACCAGAGGCAGAAGCCGGUGACAGAUAUUUGCUUCAAAACUGACAUAACAACCCUGAUGGACUUCAGCACGCCGGACUCAUCUUUAGACAAAGUGCUCCUGAGAGAGGAGGUGGCCCAGCUGCAGGAGGAGGUGCACCUCCUGCGUCAGAUGAAGGACAUGCUGACCAAGGACCUGGAGGACUCCCACGGAGGCUGCUCGGCGGAGGUGCUGUCCGCCACCGAGCUGAAGGUGCAGCUGGCCCAGAAGGAGCAGGAGCUGGACCGCGCCAAGGAGGCCUUGCAAGCGAUGAAGGCGGACCGGAAGCGCUUGAAGGCGGAGAAGGCGGACCUGGUGAACCAGAUGCAGCAGCUCUAUGCCACGCUGGAGAGCAGGGAAGAGCAGCUGAGGGACUUCAUCCGCAACUACGAACAGCACAGAAAAGAGAGCGAGGAUGCGGUGAAGGCGCUGGCCAAGGAGAAGGACCUGCUGGAGAGGGAGAAAUGGGACCUCAGGAGGCAGACCAAAGAGGCUACGGAACACGCCGGAGCGCUGCGCUCACAGCUGGACCUGAAGGAGAACAGGAUCAAGGAGCUGGAGGCCGAGCUGGCCAUGGCGAAACAGUCGCUGGCCACACUCACGAAGGACGUGCCCAAGCGACACUCACUGGCCAUGCCUGCAGAGACCGUCGUCAACGGCAACCAGGAGUGGGUGAUGCAGGCUGACCUGCCCCUCACUGCGGCUAUCCGACAGAGUCAGCAGACUCUGUACCAUGGACACACCCCACACCCUGCAGACCGGCAAGCGGCGGUGAGGGUCAGCCCCUGUCACUCACGCCAGCCCUCCAUCAUCUCUGACGCCUCGGCGGUGGAGGGGGACCGCUCCUCCACCCCCAGCGACAUCAACUCGCCCCGCCAUCGGACACACUCCCUCUGCAAUUCUCUGGAGGAUUUGGAAGACCAGAAACGUAAGAAGAAGAAGGAGAAAAUGGGUCUGGGCUCCCUGUCACGCGUCUUCGCCAGAGGCAAGCAACGCAAGUCCCUGGACCCAGGCCUGUUUGAUGACUCAGACAGCCUCUCCAGCCCCACCCGCCUCAGUCUCAGCCUAUCAGAUGGCGAGGAUCAGCUGGACCGCCUCCAGCAGGUGGAGCUUGCUCGGACCAUGCCCAUGUCGCUGUGGAAGGCGGGCACGGUUCAGGCGUGGCUGGAGGUCAUCAUGGCAAUGCCUAUGUAUAUCCGUGCCUGCUCUGAGAACGUCAAGAGCGGCAAGGUGCUGCUGGGAUUGACGGAUGAGGAUCUGGAGCUGGGCCUGGGCGUCACCAGCUCAAUGCACCGCAGGAAACUCCGCCUUGCCAUCGAAGACUACCGAGAUGCUGAGGCGGGACGGGGACUCUCAAAGGCUGCCGACAUGGACCAUCACUGGGUGGCCAAAGCCUGGCUGAGUGACGUGGGGCUGCCCCAGUACUCCCAGGCCUUCCACAACCAUCUGGUGGACGGCCGCAUGCUGAACUCCCUGACCCGCAGAGACCUGGAGCGCUUCCUCAACAUCACCAAGAAGUUCCACCAGAUCAGCCUGCUCCUGGGCAUCGAGCUGCUGCACAUGCUCAACUUCGACAAGGAGGCCCUGCAAGCCCGACGGGCCCAGUCCGAGCACCAGAACCUGGAUCCGCUGGUGUGGACCAACCAUCGGGUGAUCAAAUGGGUCCGAGACAUCGACCUCAAGGAGUUUGCCGACAGCCUCCAGAACAGUGGAGUCCAUGGCGCCGUGAUGGUUCUGGAUCCCUCCUUCAACAUCGACACCAUGGCAACCGCGCUGGGUAUCCCCAGCAACAAGCACAUGAUUCGCCGACACCUCUGCGAGGAGAUGAAGGCCCUCAUCAGCUCGUCCAGGACGGGCCUCCAGCAGGAUUUCGAGAGGCUGGGUACCCCCACACUGCUGAGACAGAGCUCUCUGGGUCGUGGGCCCAGCUCCGCCAACCGCCACCCAGAGGAGGAGGUGUCCUUGAGGAGACGUGCCAUCAAGCCUCCAAUAGGUUUCAACCCCAAGACCCAUGGUGGGCGGGACCUGGGUUUCCAUGGCAGCUGUGGCUCCUUGCCAAGAGAGAGCCGCGAUGAGACUCCACCCAGGACAGAUUCCAGCCCCAUGCACAGCUACUCAGGCAUUGAGGUCACCAACGUCUGAACCGGUCCUGAGAACGCACAGCUCUCCUGCACCGGCCAUCUUCCCUGAGCCUGGGCCAGGGAUGCUAGCAGCAGGAGAGCCAUGGACACACAGGGAAUCAUGGGAGUUGUAGUUUUUGUUAGAGGAGACUUUGUUGGUCAGAAUGCGCUUGGCUGUUUUUGUAGAAAACUUCUUUCACAUCUUUCUAGAGAGGGUCUGCACAGUUUCUCUCUUUCUGAAGCUUGACACAGCAAUUAGUCUGCAAGGUCCUGUGGGAUGCAGCUGUCUGUCUCCUUUGAUAAAUUGUGGGGGGUGUCAAAUUGCAGAAGCUUAUUUUUCUAUUUGCUUCGUUUGCAGUACUGUUUUAAACAGACAGGAACUGAGCUGAGAUUUUCAGUCCAUUGAGUUUUUUUUUCGUCCUUUGACUUGAAAGAUCUUUGUCAAUAAGAGGACAGGAGAGAUGUUUGUGUGCCCAAACAUGGGUGCACAGAAGGCUCAAGAGAAAUUUCGGGAAACGACAGAGAGGUAGCACAUUCUAAUGAGACGGAGGAUGGAUUUUGAAUGAAUUUUAUAUUUUAUUAAAGACAUUUUUCUGUAUCUGUUGUUGUUUCCUUAAACAAUUCUCUUGAUGUUAUGACAGUGCUUCGAGCUGCCUUGUAAACUUGACUGAUGACGAUGUCACUGAAAUUAUUGGAAAUGUUCAUCUCAACAGUCUUAUAGAUGGAAGAUGUGUCUAAUAGCUUUUUUUCCAGUU